AUGCAACCGGCAGGAAACAAAGGCCGUCGAGGCCAGAAGACAUGGUCCUUCGCGGCUCAUUCGUCAAGCGUGAAUUGCAUAAGCAUCGGCAGGAAGUCAGCGGAGAGGUUUAUAACGGGCGGCGACGAUAAGAAGCUGCACCUAUGGUCCACCCGCCAGCGCGCGCCGUUGCUGUCGCUGCGCGGCAACACGAGCGCCAUUCAGAGCGUGCUGCUGGACGCCAGCGAGGAGCUCGCCGUGGCGGGCGGCGCUGCGGGCGCCGUGAAGCUAUGGGACCUGGUCGAGGGGCGAGGUGAGGGGGGGAGAGGGAAGUAUGGGGAGGGGCGUGGUGAGGGGGGAACGGGAUGUGGUGGAGGCGCGAAGUGGGGAAGGGGGGUGUCCUGCCGUCUACCUUCCAUUCCCGCCAUCCCCUUCCCCUCAUCCCCUCCCCGCGCCUUCUCUUUGCCUCCCCAGUUCCCCUCAUCGCCGCAUCCUUCCCGCCAUCUCCUUCCCCUCAUCCCCUCCCCGCCCCUCCUCAUUGCCUCCCUCUUUCCCCUCAUCGCCGCCUCCCUCCCCCCAUCCCCUCCCCGCGCCCCCCCAGCCAUCCGCACGAUGACGGGCCACAAGGCCGCGCCCGUCGCGCUCGACCUGUACUCCGCGGGCGGGCUGUGCGCGUCGCUCAGCCCCGCGGACGGCACCGCGCGCGUGUGGGACCCGCGCCAGAAGGAAGCCGCGCACGUCUUUCGCGGAAUGGGCGCGGGGGACGCGGGAGAGGGCGGCGGAGCUGUGGGAGGGGGAGGGGCGGAGGGGAGGGGAGCGGGAGCAGGGGGCGGAGCGGAAAGUGUGGGGGGGAAGGGUGGGAAAACUGUCGGUUGCGUGCGGUUCAGUCCGGACGGGCGGUGGGUGGUGGCAGGCGGGCAAGAUGGGCGCAUCAAGCUGUUCGACCUGGCGCAGGGGCGGCUGUUCGCGCAGCUGGCGGGGCAUGCGGGCGCGGUGGCGGCGCUCGACUUCCACCCGCAGGAGCUGCUGCUCGCGUCCGCCGCGCGCGACCGCACCGUGCGCUGGUGGGACCUUGAGUCGUUUAACUGCGUUGACUGCACGCCGGCCGGCGCGGGUGGCACCGCCGCCCUCGCGUUUGCUCCGCAGGGGGAUGCGCUCUUCGCGCCCUGCGUUGACCACCUUAAGGUGUGGGGCUGGGAGCCAAUCAGGUGCUUCGACACUGUCCACGUGGGAUGGCCAAAGGUCGCUGACGUCAGCGUGAAUGACACCUCCCUGGUGGCUGUCUCCGCGUCCGUCACCGUCGUCACUCUCUGGACCGUUGAUCUUGAGCGAGUGCUGCCAUUCAGCAAGGAUCCCGAGCUUCAUGUUGCACCUGUUCUCU